UUGAAAGAAGAAUGAAUGCAGGAAACAUGGUGAAUGGAGCUUUGCACUCCUUUAUGAACAGGCAGAAGGUGUCUAAUAAGGCUCGUUUGGCUGUGCAUGAGGGGGUGUUGGUUCCAACACUCAUGUACGGAAGUGAAAGUUGGGUAUGACAGAAGAAACAUGAAAGCAGAAUAAAUGCAGUUGAGAUGAGUGCGUUGAGAAGUGUGAUAGGAGUUAAACUGAGUGACACGAUAAGAAAUAGUGAGAUAAGGAAACGUUGUGGUCUGAAAGACGUCACAACAUGACAAAAAUUGAGAAAGGUAUGCUGAGAUGGUUUGGACAUGUCGAGAGAAUGAAGAACGAAUGACGAAGAGUAGAAGAUAGUGUAUAAGGCCAGUGUGAAUGAAAGUGUUGGAAGGGGUAGACCUAGGCGGACGUUUCAAGAUCAAAUCAGGGACGUCUUGAAAAAAGGCCAGGUCAAGAGUACCCUAAAUCGAAGAGCAUGUAUGAAAGGAAUAAUGAAAGUGGACGAAGCGAAACAAGUAUGUAAGGAUCGUAGCAAGUGGAAAGAAGUGGUCUCUGCCUACACCUACGGGAAAGAGGCGUGAUUUUAUGUAUGUAUGUAUUUUUAUGUAUGUAUUAUCGUAGGUAUUCAUUGGACAAUAACUUAAGCGUGUGAGGUUUUAAUUGGAUCAAAUAUGAAAGAUACGAUGUCGUGAAAAUAGGUUUACUUAUAUUUUCAUGCUUAUGUCCAGACGUUGCCUUAAUUAUGUAGAUAUUUGGUAUAUAUGCAAGAGUUCUAGAAAGUAUAAAAGUCGAAGUGACGCGUGACGCACAAAUACGUAAAUAGGCUUUUUUAACCUUAUGUUGCCCAUGUCAGGGCAAUUAUUGAUCUAUGUUUUCUAUAUUAGAUAAUUUAUACGUCUAGAUUGAGUCUCUUGCUGUUAGACAACCGAUGAAAACUCCCAGGGUUAUUACUUUAGUGUGCGUGACAAGCACUUACACUCGCAAUUUGUAUGACAGUUUGUGUUAACACUAACACACACGCACACGCACACGCGUGCAUUGCUCAAAUUAGAGGUUAGAUCUAAACUAAAUUUUUUUUGACGUUUUCGUAGCUGUCAUAUGUCUAUCUAGAUGUAUAACGGCCGUUCCCAAUAUACUAUCUACAGAUAGACAUAAAUUACUACCUUCUACUCUGAGUAAUUAGCUGUCAAUAAUCUGAAGCUGUGUCAAUAUACCCGAUAAGUCAUUCUUAUCGCCUUAUAAUGGGACGCGUGAAUUGCAAUUUCCAUACAAACUUCUAUCGCUAGUAAGCUAUACGUCCUCCCAUUGACAGACAGCGUGUACGGAUAAGAUGCAGAUACUGAUAAUGUUUUAAACGUACAUUCUAUUCUUUGGAGUAUAACUUGGCUAGUUAAUUUAAUAAAGUUGAUCUAUAGACAUUAUGAGUGUUGAUAAUAAGUCGAAUGGGUUCGGUCUGCGGGUGGAAGGAUGCUAGUGCGGGGGUGCGUUGGGGGCGAAUUGCGACAGUCGUUGUCGGAGAAGACGAAGGCCCUGGCAGCCAAGUGCAACAACGCUCUUCGGUCACCAUCCCGUGAGGCCCGCAGUACUGAACGCCGGAGACCAAGACCCUGCAAGUCGCAGACGCGGUGGUAUGUCAAGCAGCCAACAUGGCGGUUGUGGGGCGAAGAACGAGUAGACGGCGCGGUGUACACAGUCUAUCUGAAGAAAGUGAGAUACCAUCGACCUACACGCUGUGCAUCUAGUGAAUCAGAUGACGAGAUAUCCCACCUGGAGUGGGAGACAGUUCGUGUGCGGUUCGUCAAGGCUGGCACCGUGGAACGACUCGUGGAAGCGCUGGCCACCGAUGAUGGAGAACUGGAGUCUACCUAUGUUAACGUCUUCCUCGCAACGUACAGGUCUUUCGCGGAGUGCGGAAAGGUCCUCGACCUGCUUCUUCGGCGUUAUGAAGCUCUUUCCUACGACGACGUCUCUGCUGGCAAUGACACCUCACAGCAACAUAGAAAGACUUUGGUGGCGUGUCUCCACGUCUGGCUGGACACCUACCCUGAGGACUUCCGACAGCCGCCCCACCACCCUGCGCUGCAGCAGCUCCUCACCUUCACACAGAUACACCUGCCAGGAUCCGAGCUGCAUUCGAAGGUGUUGCAGAAGCUUGCGAUAUUCAGCGCAGAACGAAACGGUAACUUAAGUGGCGGUAGCGGAGUGUGUCUCGCGGCCGGCAUGAGACUGUCGGCUCACCACACCGCCUCCUACCGCCUGCCGCACGUACCCCACCGACACUUCGCCGAGCAGCUCACCAGGAUGGACAUGGAGCUCUUCAAGAAGCUGGUCCCACACCAGUGCCUCGGCGCCGUCUGGUCCCGGCGAGACAAGGACCGCUCUCACGACGCGGCCACCGUCCUGGCCACUAUCAACCAGUUCAACGCCGUGUCCUUCAGAGUCAUAUCGACAAUCCUCGUCGAACCCAACCUGAGAGCCCUGGAACGAGCGGAUAUCAUCGCCGCUUGGCUGGAUAUUGCUCGCGAAUUGAGAGUCUUAAAAAACUUCUCAUCCUUAAAAGCCAUAAUUUCAGGAUUGCAAAGCAAUUCUGUAUAUAGAUUAAGAAAAACUUGGACCUUGUUGUGUAAAGAAAAAGCAGAGCUCUACGAAGAACUCGCCAGAAUUUUCAGCGAAGACAAUAAUCGCUGGGCUCAAAGAGAACUUUUGAUGCGGGAGGGAACAGCAAAGUUCGCAGACACUGUCGGAGAAAAUGAUCGACAGCUGCAGAAAUUACUCCACGAACGAGGGUCACCCGGUGUCAGUAACGGAACCAUUCCUUACCUGGGCACAUUCUUAACAGAUCUCACCAUGAUAGAUACAGCUAUUCCGGACACAGUAGCAGAUGGACUCAUUAAUUUUGAUAAAAGAAGAAAAGAGUUCGAAGUGCUAGCUCAGAUCAAGUUGCUGCAAGGUGCAGCCAACGCCUACCAUUUACCUUGCGAUCCAAUGUUCGAUCGCUGGUUCGACUCUGUUAUACUUCUGGACGAUAGAGAGGCAUAUCAACUAUCCUGUCAGAUAGAACCACCGACAAAUCCACCUAAAGAGAGGCGACCAAAGAAAGUGGGUGAAAACGGCCACGGGCACAGGAAAAACGAUUCCAUUGCCAGCACUAGUUCCAGUAACAGCUCUCACUUCUAUUGCGAGACAGACGGUGUCAUUAACAAUUGGAAGAGAGACAGCAUAGAGCGUCGGUCGUCGCCAACUAGACUAUCUCACGGUUCCUCAUCAUCUUCUAUACCUUCCUUAGAUGUUUCUUCAUCGAGUGCACCAGAUUUCUACAUUAUUCGAGUGACUUACGAGACUGAUUGUGUUGAAACGGAUGGUGUAGUUCUUUACAAGUCUAUUAUGUUAAGCAACAAUGAAAAAACACCUCAAGUUAUAAGAAAUUCGAUGCUGAAAUUGAAUCUUGACGGGGAUCCUGAUGCAUACACGUUGGCACAAGUUUUACCGGAUAGAGAGAUGGUACUUCCGGCAGACGCAAACGUGUAUUACGCCAUUAAGAAAGCAUAUAAUUUCAAUUUCAUAUUGAGACCGAAAAAACCUGAUUCAUUUGCUAACGGAAAACUGAAGACAAAGAAACCUUAAAUGUGCCGUAAUUAAAUCUGUGAAAUACUCCAAUACUGCCUUACACACUUCUAAUAUUAUAUAAUCUGUUUUUAGACUUGUUAGUGUUUCGGAUUUGAAUUAAUGUAGUAAAUGCUAGGAUGAAGUAUCAACUGGAUAUACCACGCGCUUUUACCCGAAAGGGACAAAUAAAUAAUUUAAUUAAAUAGCAAUAGGACUUGGCAGACAAGGUUCAUUCCGAAAAUGAUAAUUUGUACCUACUAUUACUUAUUACUACAUUUGGUUGAAUAAUAUACUGGUUAUUUUUACAUAUUAUUUAUGUCGUGGAAUUCUUUACCACGUAUCAAUAUGAUGCUGGUAUUAUUCUGUCAAUCUUUAUAGGAAACAAGUAAUAUUUUUUUUAUUUAAACUCGUACAUGCGAAAGGUUACGUUUUAUGAUUUCCGUUCCGAUUGUCUAAUUAGCACGGCAGUGCCACUUACACGAAUUAGACGAAACACUCAAAGGAAAAAUUACAAACAAAAAAGGAAUAUAAAAGAAUAAUUGAAUUAAUUAUACAAUAUCAAUACUCUCCGCGUACCUAAGUAUUUCUUAAACUAAGGAAGUCCAUCCAUCAUUGAAUGGAUCCCAUUGAGCAUUCUUGUCCAAGAGCGCGUUGAAAGAUGCCAAUGAACGCGGUAUAGGUGCCAUGGCUCGAGCAACGUUAUGAUCCUAUUCAUGCACAGUUUUAUUAUUUCCAUGUCACAUCCAGGUAUAUACUUCAUCCUAGAGUAAAUGAGACAAACACUUUAAAUAUUUUUAAUAUGUUUACAAAAGCGAUUGGUUAAUAUUUCAAUCAACUAAGUAGUCUGUUUCAUAGUGUCUUAUUUUAUUAUAUUUAUUACUGGACUUUAGGUGUAAUAAUGUUGAUUCAGUAUUUGUUAAAAUUAAUAUUGCCUAAGAUCUUAUUGUAAAUGUUUUGUCAUAUUCUAAAGCUAUUAAAGCGAUCAAGCACAAAAUGACAAUACGACCUUUCUACGAAUUAUUCCAAUAAUGUGAUAACACUCUACCUAACUUAUAAACUUUUGAUGUAUGUUGUAGAUACUUAAGUAGUUAAACCUUUUAGAGUUCUUUAGGUGUUGUAAAUAGGAAAGAUUGCCACCAAUAACAUAGUAAUUAAUUUUUAUAUGUAUGUAUUGAAAAUUAGUAUGUAACUUAAAACUUUGUAUGUAUAUAUAGGAAAAACUUAAGCGCUUUAACAAGAAUCUCGUGUAGUUAAUGAGUUAGAAAAUAAUCAAUUCAGACGAUUCUAAACUGUAUUGCUUUGCUGAAAAUAUAAUUGUGGGAGAGAAACUCGAAACGUUUCAAUGCCAUCUAUACGAAUCAACCAUGGACUUAUCAUACUAACAGGACUGAGUACUGCUAGCAAAAACUGAGCAGAGCGAGAUGUAUAUAACAGAAAUGAUUGUCCCUUUCUAACAGGGUGACACAUGAGUAAAGUCUGAAAUGUAUUCAAGUUUUAUGUCAUAAUCAAAUCAAAUUAAAAUCACUUUAUUCAAGUAGGUCACCGAAAUGACACUUAUGAAUGUCAAAAAUGAUUUUUCUUAUUAAAUUUACUGUAAAAGGUUGAGCUUUAUUGAAAAGAAGUGACAAGAAACUCAUUGCCACUCUUUUAAAAAUAUAAAAUUGUAAACUGAUUUCUUCUGACAAGAUAAGACCACAAAACCAUAGAUGUGGAAUGCGUAUAGGUAUGGUCCAAGACUGGUUCAAAAAUACAGUUGUCCCAUGUGCUGUUAUCAAAGAUUAUUUCUGGAUACCAGUAUCUGACAAUUAUAAGCUAAUUGAGCUAUGGGUUUGGGGGAAAAUUAUUGUAAAGAAAUACGUGACACAGCAGAUUCAUAACAACUGGAUACGCUUGAAUUUUUGUGAUUUUCCGCAUUAAAUGUACCCUGUUAAGCCAUUAUUGCCGCAUUUUUUCAAUUUUUAAAACUGUAACAAUACAAUUUUUUUUGUUAAUUGGCACAAUAACUCAUGGUCAACCUAUAUAUUUCAGUCAGGCUAUAAAUUUACAAAUCAUAUUUAAAUAUAUUAUAUUAUAACAGCCAUGAGAUAGCACAAUACUUAGCACAAACGAAAGCCUUUCUUCAUAAUAUUGUUUAUAAUGUAAAGAAUUUUUAAUCAACUCAUUCGAACAAUCUUAUCUUUUGAACAUUAUGUAAAAAAAAACAAUUCAUUUACUGUUGAAUAAUAUGUCACAAAAUGUUUAUAUCAUGACACUUGCUAUCACUAGAAAAUAAAAAAAUAUAAGAGAUAAUACGAAUUUUCUCGAGUCAAUUCCAUUUUCUCAACGACUAAACGUUUGAAAAGACCUUGUGACAAGACCGAGAAUCUUUUUUUAAAUAAAUAAAUGGUAUUCGAUUUUAAAAACCAAGGAGUUUUCAAUUAAAAAGAUUUUAAUAUGACAGGAACAGUGGAAAUAUUCCAUUCCCGAUACUUUUAGUGCAGCCCUCGUAUAUCUUAUUGUUUAAUAAUUUCAGAAUUUCUUAUUUUUUUUUUAAUUAUUAAUUAUUUUGUGAGACAUUAUUAACAACUUUAUUUAUUUAAAUCGACUUUACUCACGAUCGAUCGGUGUUGGUACCGACUAGUUUCGGACCAUUUGGAGGUCCGAUCCGAGCGAUAACGUCCUUUCUCGAACGCGAACCCACUACACUCACCCUGAUGAAGGACCUUAAUAAGUUUUUUUUGUGAACUUUUUUUGUUAGAAAGAGACAGUGCUCCAUUGUAAAUAUCCUUCUCCGUUCAAAUUAGCCAAUGUGUAAGGCACAAUUGAAAAAAAGGCUUUCUCAUUUUAAUCUAUCCCAAUCAGCGCUCUCUUUUCGAUUAGUAAAGCUUAUAUAAAGCUUUUAAUUGGAAAUACAUUUUUCCAAAGUCUGAUUAUGUUAUUAAUAAACUCGAAGUAAAGUUAAUCCGAAGAAUACAAAGGUAAGAGGCAAAAAAUUUUAAAUCUGGAAUAAUUUCACUUCGUGUUUAUUAAUAACACUAAGAGUUAGUAUGAUAAAUCCAUGGCAUCGAUAAGGAUCUUGAGCGGUCAUCCAGCUCUUGUUGUUUGUAGGUGAGCAAUUCAAUUUCAAAAUAAUAUACGACCAAUCUGCGCGUCAGAUCACUCAAGAUUCUAACAGAGUCUAAUAACUUCAUGAUAUAAAUGAAUAAACAAUGUUGGAACAAUUAGUUUCCGUAACAACAACUAAUCAAUUAUGUAUGCAUGAUAUAAAUCUUAAUUGAGUCUGACGUCACUUUAAUUUAUUUUUUUAAUUCUAGAUCAAAUUUAUUUCUUAACAAUUUGUUAUUAAAAUGAUAUCCCUAACUUCUGGGAUUAUUUAUACAAAUAAAAUUUGUAACCAAAAUUGAUGAACCAUGCGGGACUGGAACCUGCGAGCUCUUGGGUUCCGUCCGAGUUCUCUUACCAGUAUUAUUUUACUCUUUGGCUACUGAGAUCUCUGAGGGAUUCGAACUGUUGGCUCAGUAGAUAAGAGCCCUCGGACAGAAUCCGAGAGGUCGCAGGUUCGUAUAGUUAAUAAAAUUUGGUUACAAAUUUAAUUUCUAUAUUUAUUUCUAUAAAUCAAUGCAUUUCUGUAUAGGUGUCAAAGUAUCUGUUAGUAUUUUAUAUUAUUUUCCUGUUGUUAGACACUGGUUAACACAAUACUCUUAAAAGACUUGAUAAUAAUAUUUAGGGAAUUUUUUAAAUUAAUUUCUAUACAUUAGUGGAAUCCUUUGUAUGUUUUGUAAAUAACUAGGUAGCUGUUUUGUAAUAUUUAAUUAUACACCAGUGUCCCAUAUAAUGUGCUGUAUACCGAUGUAAUAAAUGUUAUUGAUUAUUUAAAA